GAACCAUGUGAACAAAUAUAAGCGGUAGACAGAUCACAGGUCAGCACGGCGAGUGGCAAAAUACAAUCAUUCACACCAGAGGAGACCCAGCCAGCAAGAUGGUUCCAGUGUUGAUGUUACUCAUGGCAGCUCUUGUAGCUGCAGAUGAGUCAAUGAUGGAUCUUUCAAGUCCAGUAGAGUCUGACAGUGCUGUUUCUGUGGUUCACUGUACUGCUACUAUUGUUUGCCCUGAUAGAACAACGUGCUGUCGGACUCCUUAUGGUGUGUGGCACUGCUGUCCAUAUUCAAUGGGUCAGUGCUGCAGAGAUGGAAUUCACUGCUGUUCUCAUGGUUAUCACUGCGAUUCAACAUCAACCCAUUGUUUGAGGGGCUGGCUGAGACUGACAUCUUCUCCCCGGAUGGCCACCAAAGCUAUCGAGAAACCUCAGUCUGCGUCCUUUGACCAGGCUCUCACAUGGCAGAGCCAGACUGAGACGGUUCAUUGUGAUGGAAAUGCGUACUGUCCCGUGGAUCAGUUCUGCUGCAAGACAGCAGAUGGCCAGUGGGGGUGCUGCAACGAGAUGGUGUCGUAAGUAAUCAUCCCACGUGAUCUGGGUGCAGCUCUUAUCAAAGACGGUUAAAAUGCAAGAGGCUUUUAAAUACAGUUACUGUUGAGAGAAAGCAGUAAUAUACAAACAAGCUUUACAGUCAAAGGUCAUUGUCAUUUAAUAAAUGAACUGUUUCAAAACUUU